CCCGUCGCUGCCGUCGCCGCAGCUGAGAGUGGUAGUUGCUUUACCGUCGCGCUGCUAAAGCGUCGCCAAUUUGCUGCUGUCACAGUACCUGUAUCGAAUUUUCUUAAAACUGUCAAACGUUCGAUGGAAAUGAAGCCAGCCGCCAGCCAGGUAACAGCGCCGGCCGCGUCCAGUGGUGAAUCAUCUGCUUCGGCCGCGGCUGCCGCAUAUAUGCGGCAAUUUGAGAACAUUAUAGCGCCGGGUAACGAGGCCUCCAUGACCAGAGAGUUCAAACCGCAGGUGGCCUAUGAGUUUGAACGGUACUUGAAUCCACAAAAACUAAAACAGCACGUGCUGCGCAGCGAUAAGCUGCGCUCUCUGCUGGAGCAUUAUGCACGGGAGACGAAACAGCCUUUAAAGAAGCUGGAGCAGCAGGCGCGUGCGAUUAUCGAUGAGAUCGGCUUGGAUAGAAAUAUGGCCAUAAUACGUUGGUGUGGCAUUGCCAUAACGGCGAUUGGCAAGCGCAUUUGCGAUGGCUUCUAUGUCAAUUCGGCCAGCAUGGCCAAUGUGCGCAAGGAUAUGGGCCGUUGUCCUGUGUUGUAUCUUCCCAGUCAUCGCAGCUAUAUGGAUUUUAUACUGAUGAGCUACAUAUGCUAUUAUUAUGAUAUUGAAAUACCUGGCAUUGCGGCCGGCAUGGACUUUCACUCCAUGUUUGGCAUGGGCACCAUGUUGCGAAAAACGGGCGCAUUUUUUAUGCGUCGCUCCUUCUCGAACGACGAGCUCUACUGGGACAUCUUCCGGGAAUAUAUGUACGCCCUGGUCGCCAAUUAUCAUAUAGGCGUGGAGUUUUUCAUAGAAGGCACACGCUCGCGCAAUUUUAAAGCGCUGGUGCCCAAGGUGGGCCUGUUGUCCAUGGCAUUGCUGCCUUAUUUUACGGGCGAGGUGCCGGAUGUAAUGAUUGUGCCCGUUAGCGUUGCCUAUGAGCGUGUGCUGGAGGAGCAGCUGUUUGUCUAUGAACUGCUGGGCGUGCCCAAGCCAAAGGAGUCAACCAAAGGGUUCUUUAAAGCUCUGAAAAUCAUCGACGAGCGUUUCGGCAAAAUGUUUCUGGACUUCGGUGAGCCCAUCUCAGUGCGCGAAUUCUUUGGACACGACAGCACACAGCGUAUGCAACGCGCUGGAUUGGCUGGACAAUUGCAGAAGCUCAAUCGCCAGGAGAUCGAACUGGUCAAGCAGCUGGCCAAUGAGAUUAUCUAUCAACAGCAGCGACGCAUUGUCAUCAGCACCUUCAAUCUGUUGAGUCUCUACUAUGCCAGUCAGCUGUAUGGACAGCGCGGCGUUAAUCUGGACGAAGUGUCCUCGGCCAUACUCCAUCUGAAGCGAAUGUUUGAGCAGCUGGGCGCCCAUGUGAGCACCAGUACGAAUAGCAUCAAGGCGGACGUGAUCGAUACCAUUGAGAUACACAGCAAUAUUUUACAAUUUCGAGCGGGACGACUCCAGUUCACGCCGCUGGCCGCCGACCAACUGGCGGCACAGAUCGACGUGCGACGUCUGAAGGCACACGCCCUCUGUCCACAAACGAUGGCGGUGGCAGUGCCCAUGUUGGCACUGCAGCUGUAUAUAAAUCCCUGCAUGUUUUGGCUGGCACGACCCGCUUAUCUGUUGCUUGCGUCGCUCAAGGAGGAGCGGCGUCAACGGAUGCUUGACACCGUGGGCACAUAUGAUGAUACGUUGGCGGCACUGCACAACCAUGUUAGCAGCAUGGAUGCGCUGUUCCAGCAUGAGUUUAUCAUUGAAUCGAAUCGCGAAGCGGCCGAGUUUGAGACGCAUUUGAAACUCCUGCUAGAUGAGCAUGCUGUGCAGCUGCACGAGCACACGGGCAGGAUUAGUGUGCAGGAUAAUGAGUGCUCGCGGGUUAUAUUGGCUGCCCUGGCUCCAUUUCUGUGCCUUUACUACCAGCUGGCAGUCACGUUGCGACAGAUGUCUGGCGAAUUUAGCGCGAGGGAUCUGUUGGUGCGCGUGCAGCAACAUGUGGAACAGCUACUGCAGCAACCAGGUGGAUCCGCGGCACAUGUACAUCCCUAUUGUCUGGCUUUGGACAAUCUCAAUAUUGCCAUCUAUGCGCUGAUACAGUCAGGCUAUCUGCACAAAUCUCGCGAUACGGGCAUGAUGUGCGUUGCGACGGCAACACCGAUGAAGUGCCUCAGGCAGCUGGAGCUGCAGCUGCUCGAGUAUUGCCAGCUGAUGCCAUUUGCCCAGUACUCGAUGGCGGCCAAUGAGCAGGCCCAAUCGCAUAUGGCCAAAUUAUAACUGAUAAAUGGCAAGCGGUUGGCCAACAACACGCUGCCCGCCGCCUUGGCAACGCCCUCAACCCAACAGCAUUGUACAAUAUCACAAUUCAUACAAUUCAUUGUCAGCCUGCUCAAGAAUUGCCGCAUCAUAUGCAUACUCAUUGUGUUUGUACUUGUGGCGCCGUUGUGGCAAUUACUACUGUGGCUGAUCGCAACCAUGUGCUCAGCCGCAUAGUGUGUGUGUGUGUGUGUGUGCGUGUGUGCGAGUGAAGUAUAUGGGUUAAUGGCAUGAUGGGUUUGUCGUUUGUGUAUACGAGGGUAUUUUUUAUUAGUCCUUAAGUAUUUAAUGAUAAUUGAUAUUUUGAUUUGUUGCCAUACACAAAAACUCUAUCCAAAAAGAUUUUGGAUGCCAGUCAAAUUGGCGCUAUCAUGAUGUGAGGCGACAAAUACUGUUAUUAUAGGUCAAGGAAGUCAGGUUUUUUUUAUAGCUAGAGAUCCCAACGACAUUAUUUAAUAUGCAUGCAAACAUAUACACCCAUUUAUAGUUCUUGUGGAUAUUUGAUAUGAUCUAGUUUUAAAAUUCAUUUUAUUUCAACUAUUUACCUUAUUGACUUCUAAACAUUCCUGGUACAAUGCACAAAAAACACCUUUAAAAUGAAUUUAUUUCAAUUUAUACGUUAUAUUUUAUAUAGUUUUGUAUAGGUUUUAGUUAUUUACAUGUAUAUGGGUUUUAUUUUUAAGACAAAUGUUGGCAAUGUUAAUUUAUGUUAAUUUUUAUGUUUGUCUGUUCAACCAGAAUAGCUUGUAUCGUUUGAAUAAAGCAAAGUAAUUGUAUCUUAGUUUAAUAACAUCAGAAAAUGUAAAUAUAACAAUGUUAGCAAUAAUUCGCCAUAAUGUUAACUUUGUUGUAUGAUAUUUAAAAGGCGCUAUCACUUUUAAAUGAAACUGAAUAUACUGUUAGUAUUGUACUGUUACCAGAAUGUAGACAUGUUAGUAACAGCGCAUCGCCGUCUCUUGCUCUUCUAAACUAAUCCUGUUCUGUAAUUGUAUUGACAUGUUAGUAACAGCACGUCUGAAUGCUAAUGUUUAAGUCUCGUACUAAAAGAGUAAUUUUAAUUAAUAUGCAAAUCACUUUUAACUUUAAUAAUUAAGUUAUGUAUACAUUACAGAACAAUGUAACCAAUAACUCAGCAAUGUAACCGAAAGGGAAAAACAUUUGGUGCUUAAGAUUUUACUAGGCAACAUUUGACAUAUACUUUCGUACUCGUUUUUAAAAAAUCUCUUGCGGAAAUUGGAGACAUCUA